GCUAGCUCUUGCCUGCCUCCCUGGGAAGAGGCGCCUGCAGUGCUGCCCAAACUUUGCUUAAAGUCCCCGGCCCCGCGGACCCUCCGAGGCACAGCGCCUGCUGCACCGGGAUCGCGGUCUGCUGCAGCUCCUGUUGCUGCUGUUGCUGCUAGCAUCGCUCCCUUCUUCUUCUUCCUCCUCCUUGACUGAGCGGAGGAGAGGCGAGGCCCGGCUGCUGGAAGGAGGGCGCUUGGCUGGGGCUGAUGCAAUUCUGCCUCUGCUGCUGAACGGAGCCCCGAGAGCCAGGACCCCAGGAGCUCAGCCCGGAGCGGCAUGGAGAGGACUGCCAUUCCUUUGGUAUAAUUGGUGCUGCCAUAUGAUCUGAGCUCUCUGUGUAUCCUGGGAAGUGUAGCCAUCAAGACGGGACAGCGGGCAGGUGGGCGCCCACAUUGCAGCCCCUGACGAUGGCAGAAAAAUGCAGUGAGGGGUUGUUGAAUGGUGCCGUGCCUGGUGAGACAGGGAAGCGAGACGAGAACCUCAAACGUGGCAACUGGGGCAACCAGAUUGAGUUUAUUCUCACAAGCGUCGGCUACGCUGUCGGACUUGGGAACGUGUGGCGUUUCCCUUACCUCUGCUACCGCAAUGGAGGAGGUGCUUUCCUGUUCCCCUAUUUCAUCAUGCUGGUGUUCUGUGGGAUCCCCCUUUUCUUCAUGGAACUUUCAUUUGGACAGUUUGCUAGCCAAGGAUGCCUCGGUGUCUGGAGAGUUAGCCCUAUGUUCAAAGGUGUUGGGUAUGGCAUGAUGGUGGUGUCCACCUACAUUGGAAUCUACUACAAUGUUGUAAUCUGCAUCGCUUUCUAUUAUUUCUUCUCCUCGAUGACACGGGUGCUACCCUGGACGUACUGCAAUAAUCCCUGGAACACCCCUGAUUGCACCGGUGUGUUGGACGUUACCAAUGGCUCAGCUGAGUCAUCAGUCAACUUCACACAGAUAUUCAACCAGACACUCAAGCGCACUAGCCCCAGUGAGGAAUACUGGAGGCGAUAUGUGUUGAAGCUGUCUGAUGACAUUGGGAAUCUAGGCGAGGUACGACUUCCUCUGCUAGGUUGCUUGGGUGUCUCUUGGGUUGUCGUCUUCCUUUGCCUCUUCAAAGGUGUCAAGUCCUCAGGGAAAGUUGUAUAUUUCACGGCCACCUUCCCGUACGUGGUGCUGACAAUCUUAUUCGUGCGGGGGAUAACUCUUGAAGGAGCCGUCACUGGGAUCAUGUACUAUCUGACACCACAGUGGGACAAAAUCCUCAAUGCAAAGGUAUGGGGAGAUGCAGCCUCUCAGAUCUUCUAUUCGCUGGGCUGUGCCUGGGGCGGGCUUAUCACCAUGGCAUCAUAUAACAAGUUCCACAACAACUGCUACAGGGACAGCAUUAUCAUCAGCAUCACCAACUGCGCCACAAGUGUCUACGCAGGCUUUGUCAUCUUCUCCAUCCUUGGCUUUAUGGCCAACCACCUAGGUGUGGACGUUUCCAAGGUGGCUGACCAUGGUCCUGGCUUGGCCUUUGUGGCUUACCCUGAAGCAUUGACCCUACUUCCCAUCUCCCCUCUUUGGUCGGUUCUCUUCUUUUUCAUGCUCAUCCUGCUGGGGCUGGGCACACAGUUUUGCCUCCUGGAGACUCUUGUUACUGCCAUUGUGGAUGAAGUAGGGAAUGACUGGAUCAUCCGGCGGAAAACCUUUGUGACUCUGGGUGUGGCUGUGGUGGGCUUUUUGCUUGGGGUUCCACUCACCACACAGGCUGGUAUCUACUGGCUGUUGUUGAUGGACAACUAUGCUGCAAGCUUCUCACUUGUUGUUAUUUCAUGCAUAAUGUGUGUCUCCAUCAUGUAUGUCUAUGGACACCGGAAUUACUUCAAGGACAUUGAGAUGAUGCUGGGCUUCCCGCCACCCCUUUUCUUCCAAAUCUGUUGGAGGUUCAUCUCUCCUGUUAUCAUCUUUUUUAUCCUCGUGUUCACAGUGAUCCAGUACCGGCCCAUCUCCUACAAUACAUAUGUCUACCCCACCUGGGCCAUCACUAUCGGUUUCUUCAUGGCGCUCUCAUCAGUCAUCUGCAUCCCUAUCUAUGCUGUGCUCUGCAUCAUGCGCUCCGAAGGGGAUUCGCUGCUGCAGCGUUUGAAAAACGCAACCCGGCCCAGCCGCGAGUGGGGCCCAGCCCUUGUGGAGCACCGGACAGGCCGCUACGCACCAGCGCUCAGCUCCUCCACAGAGUCCCAGUUGGAGGUGCAGCUGCUGAACCCUGAAAAACCCAAGAGCGACGAAGCUGGCGUGGCUGUUGCCAUCACCAUUGGAAGCAAUGGCUCAACCCACAGCCAGGACUCCAAGAUCUGAACCUUAGCCUGGGAGGCAGGGCAGGGAGUGCUCCUUGUACCUCCCCUUUCCCACCUGCCCUGGUCCUUCAAACCCUACUCUGCUCAGAUAUGCUACAGCGCCCCCCACUGGGUGGGGGAGCCCUGGCUCCCAGGCUGUGCCGGACUCUGGGGGAGGGGUCUGUGAGUUCCCACCCCACCCACCUCAUUAGUGCCCUGUUCGCCCUGUGCCAUCUUGUAACCCUCAUGUUUACAGUAAUAUUCAGAUGGCCCCUAUUCACAGCCAGGACCAGGGUCAGAGACGUGGGGAGGCUGUGCACUGGCUGAAGAGUUGCGGGGAGGUGCCUUGAAGGGUACUUGGAGGAAGGUCUAUUGAAGCCUCAUUGGCUCUGCAGUUCCUUCCAGGUGGAUUCUGGCAGCUGCACCUGGGCCCAGGGGGUCUGGAAUCUAUGGGGGAUGGUAUGCCCCUUAUUGCCCUGGAUCAGGGCCAUAGGGACUGGCCCCAGAGAGAAGAAAUGAGGUAUCAGUGGGAGGGAUGAGGGCUGUCAGGGGGUAGGGUGGGAAUAGUACAUCUAAUCCAGCAAUUCUCAGCAAAGCUCAAUCAUGGACUUGGUGGUCUUCAGCUAGAUUGAUGCCCCCGUGAGAGCUCUUCCAGAGAAAUGCAUUGAAGUCUGCACACCAUCCACCCACACAGAGACCUUCUCAGCUUUCUUGCCCUCUCUUGUGCCUAGGAAAGGUGAGGGAGUAGCAUCCUAUAGGAAGUUCCACUUACGAUGCCCAUUAGAGAGAAUGUUCUUGCUAGAAAUACUUCAAGAGGGUUUGACAGAUUGAUAAUUUGAGUAAGAACUCCUCCUCAUGGAGUUACAGCCAGAGAAGGGCUGGAGCACACAGGAAUACAUAUGUCUGCACCAAUCUUGUCUCUAGCCUUGCCCAUCCAUCCAGAAUCAAUCUCUCUCUUAUACACAGACACACAGAGGCAUAAGACAGAGCUUGGAUAUUAUUUUGGACUACAAAUCCCAGAAUCUCCUGGCCAACCUAGUCAUUGGCCAUGCUGGCUGUGGGAUUCUGGGAGGUGUAGUGCAAUCCAGUCACACUUCAAAGAUCUGAAGAAAAGAAGUAGUAUCUCUCCCACAAACACACAGGCUUAGCUAGAUGUACCAUGUGGAUAGACCCACAAUCUGUGGGUAGUUCUAGGCAAAACACUACAUAUGACUCUGCACUAGGUUUGCAGUCUUGGCCUGUAAUACAUCUUCUGGAUGCUUAGCCAGCCCCAUUGUUCUUGGUACUGCCUCUGGAGAGCUGAUACCUGAGCUGGGGCGGGUGGUCAGUUGGGCGAGGCAUUCUGAAGCACUUGUUCUAAACCUUUCUCUUAAAGAGGAUCCUGUGAAUUUGAAUAAGGGUCUCUAUACUGGCAAGAGACCAUUGGGACCUAGCCCUGCCCCAUCCCCUAGGGAAAGGGGCAGAGACAACCAUGGUGCUAAGGGCAGGUGAUGUGCCAAGAUCCUUCCCACACCAUUUGGGAGAAGCACAAAAGACAAAUAAGCACAAUGUUUCUUACCCUCUAUUCUAGCCAGGCUUUGGCUCUAUAUGUAGCUCAUUUCUCCAGUAUUAGUGGGGUGAGUGGUAGAAACUCUACCCUCCAUCCUGCAGGCAAGGAGGGGAUAUACAGAGGCACUUGAACCUGGCUGAAAAUUUCUAACAUGCAACAGGGCCUCCACUGGCUCAGAUGGGUAGAAGUUACUAAUGGUUCUGUCUUCCGGUCUCAUCACCCCUUUUUUCCACUUCAGUGUUGCUGCCUGCACUUUAUCCCCUAGAGAUGCUUGGGAGGAGAAGAUGGGAAACAGCCCUGGCAGCCAUUAUCCUACCCUUUGUCCUGGGGCAAUGAUGCCAAGUCACUUACCAAUGCCAAACAGUGCAGGUUGGGGGCACCCCUCAGCUCCCAAUUAUGCACGAUCGCUGCAGUUGUAGCUGCGGUGCCAACAGCAAGGGCACAUCUCGUUCCUACCCAUAUGGUACCUGCCCCAGCCAGUGGCAUGGGCACAGUGCCCAGUGUUUAAGUGCCAAAUGUCUGCAUCAUGAGCAGAUAGGGGGAGGACAGAUGGCUCCAUGCCACAAUGGUACUUCUGCCCUAAGCCUCCAGCACCCACUCCUUCCCUGCUGCGCCGAAGAUGCACUAUUUAAUGCAUGGUUCCGUGUCUGUCCUUCCCUCCCGUGUAGAGUGUGGGAAUGACCAUUUGCCACCUCUCAUUGUUCAUAGCAAUAAUUGUGAUGCGUCUCCCAUACUGUGACUCUCCCAGUUGUAGAUUUUUAAAGUCCAAUAGAUUUUAAUGAAAUUUAUAUUCCUGGACCUAGGAUGGGUAUAGUUCUUUUUUUGUGGGAAUGGGAAUGGGGGAAAAUUGCUGUCCGUGGUGGUGGUGGAGAAACUGCUCAUGCCAAGACUCCAUUUUCAGAGGAAUCGAAGGGAGACAUUUCUGCUUUCUCACUUUUCCUGCCACAGCAAGGCCAGGAAAUCCCAUUCAGGUGCAGGAGGUCCACCGUAAGGCAGCCUAUGAGAAAAAUGUGGAUUUCAUAAGGAUGAAGGUCUCUUCCCUAGCUGGGCCCUUUACAUCGCAGCAGCCUGGUACGAGGGCAAAAGCGGGGUAGCAGGCAUGGUUCCACAGGAGGCAUGGGCUGGAAGGCAGAGCCCAACUCUGGUACAGCUGUCCUAUAUGAUGAAGCGAUCCGGCCCUCAAUGUUAGGAGGUGUUGGAAUCACAGACCUGGACAACAGUGACUGGCUGUCUUUUUUUGCUUGGCUUAAUUCCUUGCGUUCUUGGUGCAUCCAGCUCACCUGUCCUUUUAUUGGUGGGCCCUGCCAGGGUGGUGUCUCAUGGCAUAAAGGAGAUGUUCGCUCUCUGGGAUGUGGUGGAGUAGGCACGUUAGAAACAGCUAGGAUCUCCCCAAAACUGAAUCCUUUGCCUGUGCUUCUUGGAUGGCUGCAAAAUGAAGGGAAGGGGUUCAAGGAAGCAGGAGGCUUGGCCCAAACACACACACCCACACCCCAGUAAAUCAUUAAGGUUGUGUCUCUCCAAGUGUUCCUGCAUACAAGCUCUCCAAAUUGUUAUUUAAAUACAGCAGUCCAGUCAUAAACUAACAUAUUCUUGUCACCAUCUUACUACAGCAGGUUUAUGGAACAUAUAGUCCUCCAUGUGUUGUUGAAAUACAACUCUCACCAUAUCCAAUGGUGAAGGAUGAUGGGAAUUGCACUAUAUCAUCAGUGGAACAAGCUGCCUCUGAGUAUGGUGGAGUCUCCUUCUUCGGAGGUUUUUAAAGAGGCUGGGUGGCCAUCUUUUGGAAGCGCUUUGAUGGUGUGUUCCUGAAUGGCAGAAUGGGCUGGACUGCAUGGUCCUUGUGGUCUCUUCCAACUUUAUGAUUCUGUGAUUCUGUUGUUAUAUGGCAGGUGCAUAUUUCGCACCCCCAUACUACAAGGUUCCAGUUCCUUCCAGUUCUACAUAUGUCCUGCAUUUUUCAGCUUCCUAGUUAUUUGAGUUAUGAGGUUUGCAUGUUACCUGGGUUGGGGUGAGUAGGUACGAGUCCUGAGCUGUUUUGACGUCAGGGAAGGGCUAGAGCAUGGCUUGACUUGGCUCAGCUGCAAAUCCCGUUCCAUGGCACGCCUCUCUUCUUGUAGUUCUGAGGAAAGCAGGCAACUUUGAGGAGUGGAAAAGCAACACAUCACUCACAUAAAAAUCAUGCUGCUGCCCUACAUGCAAAUACCAUUCUUUCCAGGCAACACUUGCCUUAGGGUAAUAAUUUCAGGCACCCUGAUUCUGAAUUCUCUCCCCACUUCCCAAUCUAGCUCUUCUAGUAGGUGGCAUAAGCCCUGAGCUCUGCAUACCAGCCAUGGUGGGCUCAUGUGCUGCCUCCUGGAGCUCCACAGUGUGCUGAUGUGCAUUCUCUAGCUGGUCCUGUGAAAGAAGAAAAAAUUCUAAAGGAAACAAGACAGCUUUCUUGGCACAAUCUACAAAUGUAGAUGUCUCACCUACUAGAACCUAAGGCUGGGAACAGUAGGUAUUUUAUUCUAUUUUCUUUCUUCCAGUCCUCUAGCUAUCCUAUGAGUUUAUCACAUGGAGGGAAAUUGGGACUUUAAACAAUGAUUAACCUGAGAAAAUCCUGCAGCUGACAUUAAAAUGUGAUUAAAAUGAGAUUAACACAAGAGCCAUGAUCAUGUGAAUAACCUAUGAAUAAUCAGGCAAUAAACAGCAAAAAGACAUUCACUGGAAAAUCCCGUGAAUGAUUUUCUGCUGUUUCUUGCCUGGUUAUUCACAGGUUAAUGGCACUUUAAUCAUGUUUCACCUCAACCAUUAGAAUGAAAACCAUUAGAGCAAUUGCAGGAUAAUAACAGGUUAUUCACAGGAUAAUAGCACUUUGAUCAUGACGUGCGAAAACCAUUGGUGCAAUCACAAGAUUAUCAUGGAUUAAUCACAUUUAUACUUCCAAUUGUCCCCCAUUUGAUAAACUCCCUGGUUACUGCAGAAAGCUUUAUGGGGAUAGGCAGUAGUACAUCAGUCCACUUCCAGAUCUCACUCCCAGGAGAUAACAUAAGCGGUCACAGACCAUUGUGGCAUACCUUCCCAGCUCUCAGAACUAUCAGAAAAGUGGUUUUAAUGAGCAUACACUGACAGCAGGAGGCACUGUUAUGUCAGUCCUGCAACAUGCUCUACAGUUCCCCUCCCAUCAUUUUCUCUCUUCCCACAGCCCUUGCCUCCGGUUUGGGAACAAGAGCAAAAAAUUGAAUUAUUUGGACAGUUGCAGUACAGGAAUGGAAGCCAAAUGCACACCUACUCAAGAGCUCAUAUAUACUCUCUUCUAGGUGAACAGAAGAUUACCCAUAGGGCCAGCAGAAUAUAUUUCAUAGGCUAAGCUCCUAUAUAUGUGGAGAGGAGGGAAGACAUUAUCAACAUGGGUAUUCUAGGCUAAGGAAAUGUUGCCCUAUACUUUGCCUAAGUACAAAGUGGCCAAGACUUGGAGAAGAGUAGCCAGACUUUUUAAGCAUCUGCAAAUACAGAAAAGCAUGUCUCUAUUGGUGGGAGCUGGGAUUGGAGUUGUUCAACCCUUACCUGUAAAUAAGAGAUAUAUCUUUCCAAAGCACAGCACUCACUCUCAAGCAGAGUCCUAAGAGAAAUGAGAUUGCCAGUGAGACCUGUAGGGUAUGUUUUGGGAAACAAAUUACUGCUAGUCAUAAAGAUGGUUUUAAAUAUGUGGGAUUACAGCUAGUGACAGCAGAUACACGAGGUUAACAUUAGCUUGCUUUCUCAUCUAUGGAACUGUAAAAAGCUAUGACAGUGCACCCUGGGUCUUGCCAUGGGGAGCAAGGGUUGGACAGUGCACAAGAAAAUACUGAAUACCUCCUUCACAGUGUCCAAAAGGACAUACACACAUAACCUGGGUUUAUGCCUAUGUAAGUCAUCAACAGGAUUCUAACCAGAAACAGCAAAUGUAAUGUAAUGUAUUUAAUAUCUUAGUUAAUGGGAAUAGGAACUAAUCAAAAAGUAACUACUUGUUUAUAACUAAUUCCUUCCACCCACAGCAAACAUCUGAUACUGUUAUUAAACUUCAUCCUGUGUUUAGCUGA